CGACUCUUCAAGUACCUCUUCAGUGCGUACAACAAGUGGGCCCGGCCGGUCCCCAACACCUCCGAUGUCGUUAUCGUCAGGUUCGGGCUGUCCAUUGCUCAGCUGAUUGACGUGGAAUGGAAUGACUACAAGCUGCAGUGGAACCCGGCGGACUUUGACGACGUCACUUCCAUCCGCGUCCCCUCCGAGAUGAUCUGGAUCCCGGAUAUCGUGCUGUACAACAAUGCCGACGGGGAGUUUGCCGUGACGCACAUGACAAAGGCCCACCUCUUCUCCAACGGCAGCGUGAAGUGGGUGCCCCCCGCCAUCUACAAGAGCUCCUGCAGCAUCGACGUGACCUUCUUUCCCUUCGACCAGCAGAACUGCAAGAUGAAGUUCGGCUCCUGGACCUACGACAAGGCCAAGAUCGACCUGGAGAGCAUGGACCACCACGUGGACCUGAAGGACUACUGGGAGAGCGGGGAGUGGGCCAUCGUCAAGGCCGUGGGCACCUACAACACCAAGAAGUACGACUGCUGCACCGAGAUCUACCCGGACAUCACGUACAGCUUCGUGAUCCGCCGCCUGCCGCUCUUCUACACCAUCAACCUCAUCAUCCCCUGCCUCCUCAUCUCCUGCCUGACGGUCUUGGUCUUCUACCUGCCCUCCGACUGCGGGGAGAAGAUCACCCUCUGCAUCUCCGUCCUCCUGUCGCUCACGGUCUUCCUGCUGCUCAUCACCGAGAUCAUCCCCUCCACCUCCCUGGUGAUCCCGCUGAUUGGGGAGUAUCUGCUCUUCACCAUGAUCUUCGUCACCCUCUCCAUCGUCAUCACCGUCUUCGUCCUCAACGUCCACCACCGCUCGCCCAGCACCCACAAGAUGCCGCGCUGGGUGCGCACGGUCUUCCUGGACUUCAUUCCCCGCUGGCUGUUCAUGAAGCGCCCCCCGGUGCUCACCGCGGGGCUGAGGGUGGCCAGCGAGGACGUCAUCGGGCAGUACGACAUGCCCCCGGAGACCCUCAGCACCUCGAGGUGCUGGCUGGAGACGGACGUGGACGAGCCGUGGGACGAGGGAGGCCUGAGCCACGAGGAGAGGAUGCCUGCCGGCCGCUUGCCCCUCCAGGCCUCCAGCCACCACCCCUGCCUCCAGUACCGCUACACCUGUGCCCGCCACCUGGGGAGGGGCUUUGUGGAGCUGGUCCAGCAUCCAGCCGGCAAGCCGGAGAGUCUGCCGCCCUCCGAGCAGGGGCUGAGGCUCUCCCCGAGCCUCCUGAAGGCCCUGGAGGGGGUGCACUACGUAGCCAAGCACCUGCGGGCCGAGGACGCCGAUUUCUCGGUGAAAGAGGACUGGAAGUACGUUGCCAUGGUGAUUGACCGCAUCUUUCUCUGGAUGUUUGUCAUCGUCUGCUUGCUGGGGACAAUCGGACUCUUCCUCCCGCCGUUCCUGGCUGGCAUGAUCUAG